AUGGGUUAGAAAUACUUAAUUAUAUUAUUAAUUUUAAUAACCUAGCUUUACAAAAUAAAUAAUUACAAAAUAUUUCUAAUUUAUGUCAUCUUUAAUUUACAUCUAUACAGAUAAUAAAUAUUACUGAUUCUAGAUAUAUAAUUAAUCAAAGUUAAAGUCAUUCAAACUAUCCCUUAAACUAAUGUGGAUAAAUGUAAUUAUAAGAUAUAAAAUUAGUGUCCAUAAGGAAUUUAUAGUUCAACUAAACAAGCAUUAUUAAACCUUUUAUCACUUUAAAUAAUGUCUAAAAUUUAAACAUAAUAGGAUUGGUCCUUUCAAAGUGCUCUAUUUAAACUUAAGGAGUAAUAUAAAUUAUUUAAGGUUCUACAUAAUUGA